AUGACGGGUAAGACGAGGAGGCAUGCCUCCGCGUACAACAGCCGAGACGCGGUGGUAGAUGUCGAGAAACAGCCCUUCCGGCAGAAACACCAUCGACGACAUAGUCAUAGCUCUUUCGACUCAGAUAGUGGCGACGACUCUGUUACCUCCUCCGCCGCUUCCUAUCAACCCAUGCUUGACGGUCCGGCACGCCGCCGGCCGCGGCCCGUGACGGGGUUCUAUCGUGUACCCAAUCGGAUAAUGAGACGACUUUGCUUUGGGUUGCUCGUCGCGCUCGUACUCUUCAUCCUCACCCUAUUUCGAUUCACAAUCCGAUCUUCCGUUACACAGGUCCCCCUCGAGAUCCCAAAGACCACGCCAAAACCGCCCCAGUGGGAGAGUUUCCCUUUUCUAAAGAGGUAUCAUGGUGGGCUGCGGUCCCUGGUGCCGCGUAAAGGUCAGGUACCUGAAUACCCGGGUGACAACCCAGAUGUGAUGGGAUUGGGAGGCGAUGCCGAAGCGAAUGCAACAAAUCUCCAAGCUCGAGAUGAGGCUCUGCCUGUUUUAAGUUCAGUUUUCGAUCCUUACCCCAAUUACACCUCGCCGGCAUACAUUGCAAAAUACGGCGAGAAACGGGAAUGCUUCUUGGACGUAAGAGAAACAAUGCGCAUUCCUCUGGUUCACCACUACCCUGGUGUACCUCGUGGAUUUCCAGAAGCCGUCAUGGGCUCAAACGAAGUGAUAGGUAUUCAGGAUGAUGUCUGCUUUGACCGCUUUGGCCGCUUGGCCCCCUAUGGACUGGGAUAUAGUGUCAGGAAAGGUGGCAUUGGUGCUGGCUUGGAGGGCCAUAGAGAGGGGGCAGAGCAUGUUUGGGAUGAAUUCCCACCAGUGGACUUUCGUAAAGUCGACUGGGCUGCUGCUCAGAAUCGAUGCCUGGUAGCAAAUGGUCAUCGCUUCAAAGACCUCCCACAGCCGCGUUCGAACCGCUUCCUGUCCAUGCCUAUCGGUGUUCGAGAUUUGAGCAACAAACCUCUUGAAGCUGAUCCUGUCGAACCUGAGCAGCCUCAAGCGGGGACCGGGCGUUUGCCUCGAACCGCGGUUAUCAUACGCACCUGGCAUGACUUUCAUUAUACUCCCGAGGAUAUAUUGUAUCUGCGAUCGUUGAUCUCCGAACUCUCUCUGCUUUCCGGUGGCGAGUACACGAUUCACUUUUUAGUGCAUGUCAAGGAUGAGAAUCUCCAGAUCUGGUCUGAUGAUGAGACGUAUGAGCGGGUGCUAAAGGAUGCCCUGCCAGAAGAAUUCCGUGGCAUGGGUACUCUUUGGUCGGAGCGACAGAUGUCCCUUCUGUACCCCGGACUGGAAGAAACAUGGACCCGGGGGCUCCCCAUUCAUGGCGUAUACCGUAGCAGCCACAUGCCCACUCAGUACUUUGCGCAGCAGCAUCCGGAAUAUGAUUACUAUUGGAACUGGGAGAUGGAUGCGCGCUACACCGGUCACUGGUACCACCUCUUCGACAAGGUUUCCAGCUGGGCGCGGGCGCAGCCACGGAAGGAGUUAUGGGAGAGGAACGCUCGCUUUUAUGUCCCCGAUGUCCAUGGAACCUGGGAGGAUUUCAAACAUAUGGUACGGGUGCAGACUGAGAUUGGCACCAACAGCCCUAACAACUUGUGGAGUGCGCCCCGUCCCGGGCAGGACCAGUCUCCGGGGGAUAAAGCUCGCCUCCAUCAGCAGGGAGAUAAAGCUAUCUGGGGUCCGGAGCGGCCCGAUGAACGCGAUAUCCUUGAAGUUGAGGGAGAAGGGAUCCCACCGACCACGAUGGACAAGGAUCGGUACGAUUGGGGCGUCGAUGAGGAGGCGGACUUGAUCGUUUUCAACCCUCUCUACGACCCCGAAGGAACAAGCUGGCUCCUCCGCGACGACGUGACAGGAUACAACAAGGAAAACAGCAUGCCUCCACGUCGUGCGGCUAUUAUCACUGCGUCCAGACUUUCGCGCAAACUGCUGCACACCAUGCACCAGGAGAUGAUCCACAAACGCCACAGUAUGUUUUCCGAGAUGUGGCCCGCCACCACCGCCUUGCACCACGGGUUCAAGGCAGUCUAUGUGCCCCAUUCAGUCUACAUUGACCGCAGAUGGCCGACUAAAUACCUCGAGUCCGUGUUUAAUGCAGGCCGCAACGGCGCAUCGGGCGGUGCCAGAACAUCUGUCUUUGGAGACCGCGAGCACAACUUCAGGGGCACCACAUGGUUCUACUCAGCCGGCUUCUCGCCGAACCUCUGGAGACGCUGGCUGGGCUACAAGGUCGACAACGACGGUGGCGAGCUAGCUGAACUAGCCGGUGAAGGCAGAAUGUGUCUUCCCCCUAUGCUUCUCCAUCCUGUCAAGGACGUGGAAAUGAUCAUCGACGACGGUGCCAACGAAGUCGACCCACCUUUGUGA